GUUGUCAAAAUUACAUUCAUGAAAACAAUUCACAACUUCAGGACGUUCUAAAAUAAGCCAGAAGAUGGCAGCAGCACUGGUAUUUAUUGAGGUUCUGCGCAUGAGCAGAAUAUCUACUGUGGUAUGCUACGUACUACGUUGUCAAGACAAUAAUUUCAAACGUUUUAGAUGAAUUGGAAAUUAUUCAAAUAAAUUAUUAACACCUUGAAAUUUCUUUAUUUCUCUUAAAAGAAGAUCAAACUUAAGAAAGUAUAUCAUCAAGCAACAAUUGCAAUAUAUAUGACUUGAAAAUACAAUAACUUUAGUUGGUUACUUCUGAAAAGUAGCUUACUUGACUGUAGCAGUUGAAAUCUUCAAUUCUUCAGAAUCAGCUGGCAGUCUGGCAUAACGACCGACGACAUUGGAUUCUGGGUCGAGCAAAAUCUAUAAAUUUGUUUAAUUUGUAUUAAAACAAAUUUUCUAAAUCCAUCACCAAGAUGCUCGCCACACAACUUUUUUCGGAAUUGAGAACUCAUCUGCCAAUGGUGUUGAAACGCAACUUGGCCGUCUCCUAUGUUGCAGCCCAGAAAGCCUCUGAUCCUAUCCAGCAAAUUUUCCUUGAUAAGCUCCGUGAAUACAAAGCCAAGAGCGAUGGAGGCAAACAAUUGGUCGACAUGACACCAGAAAUCCAACGCGAACUGAAGGCUGAACUUGCCAGGCUAAAUGCUCAGUACGGCGGAAAGGAUGGUGAAGACAUGACCAAGUUCCCAUCAAUAACCUUCCCAGAUCAGAAAAUCGAUCCAGUCAAGUAAGAUCCAUUGUUAAAUACUGUACGUGAAUAACGUCUCUUUAGCUGUUCUACGUCAACAAAUAUUAUGUUAAUAAGUUAAAAUAAAUCAGGUAACUAAAUAA